CGCGCACGAGCCGGCUGCUCGGCGGGCCAUGGCGCCCUGGGCGGGCGGCGAGCCGUGGGCGCUGACGCCGCUGCGCGCUCUCUGGCUGGCGCUCGCCGCCGCCUUCCUGCUCGCCCUGCUGCUGCAGCUGCUGCCGCCCGGCCUGCUACCGACCCACGCGCUCUUCCAGGACCUGAUCCGCUACGGGAAAACCAAGCUCGGGGCGCCGCCGCGCCCGGCCCUCUGCCGGGCCUUUGAUGUCCCCAAGAGGUACUUCUCGCACUUCUACGUCGUCUCGGUGCUGUGGAACGGCGUCCUGCUCUGGCUGCUGUCUCAGUCUGUGUUCCUGGCUGCACCCUUUCCACACUGGCUGCAUGGCUUGCUCACAGUUCUGGGGCCCACGCAGGUCCAAGGGCCGGCGGGCGGCGAGGGCGCGCUGUCGGUGCUGCUGGUGCUGGGCUGCCUCUGGCUGCACAGCGCGCGGCGCCUGUUUGAGUGCUACUGCGUCAGCGUCUUCUCGCACGCCACCAUGCACCUGGUGCACUACUGCUUCGGGCUGGCCUACUACGUGCUGCUGGGCCUUACAGUGCUCACCCAGGCGCCACUGGACGGCCACCAUGUGCACACGAUAGGCAAGAACCUGCUGAGACAGACACGAUGGUUCCACAUCCUGGGCACGCUGCUGUUCAUCUGGUCGUCCGCCCAUCAGUACAGGUGCCAUGUCAUCCUAGGCAAGCUCAGGAGGAACAAAGCAGGCAUGGUCAUCCACUGCCAGCAUAGGAUCCCCUUCGGAGACUGGUUUGAGUUCGUGUCUUCGCCCAACUACUUGGCAGAGCUGCUGAUCUACGUGUCCCUGGCCGUCACCUUCGGAUUGCGCAACACCACGUGGUGGCUGGUGGUGACCUACGUCUUCUUCAGCCAGGCCCUGUCCGCCUUGCUCAGCCACAGGUUCUACAGAAGCCAGUUCGUCUCCUACCCGAAGCGCAGGAAGGCGUACCUGCCGUUUGUGUUUUAGGAGAUGCUCGGGCCAGAAGACCCCGCACCGCAGCACCGCAGCACCGCAGCACCGCA